UAAUGAAACACAUCUUAUCACGUUCGUUUGUGUGUGCUGUACCUUCUCGCCACCAUCAACAGUAUUACACAGAUAAUCCUGCUCAUCAUCCUUCGGGUGCUACUGAUAAGCUUACAGCCCAAGGAGGAGAUCACAACUGGCUCAUCGACGUACAUGCUACACGAGAUCAUGCGCUUACGCACUCCGCAUGCAUAACCGUCAACACGGGGAGCAUGACUUUGAAUUGGUUCGUUACUGAUUCAGUCUCGGUUGGAAGUGCGUCCGGUGCGGUCACACAAAACCCUACGAAACGGCGGUGGUGGUGUACAUAUUCUCGCGCGUUGGAAUCGGGUCCCAUCGAGAAGCGCAUGUCUAACCGUCUGGUUCGGUACAAUGCUAACUGGAUGUUUAAUUAACAUCAAUUCGUGAAUGGUGGACGUGAUUUACCACGUAACAACAAGUGGAGCAAACAAUAGCGAACCUCGUCAGCGCGACCUGAAACCGCCGAAUGCCUGCCAGAGUUUCGUUCCUUUCCGUCUUCCAAAAACUCCGAUAAGACUGUCAAAAUCAACAGGUUGAUACACUGCGUCGGAAACCAUAUCGUAGUGUUAAAUCGUAAAGAUAUGCUCCGGACCUUAAAGGGUGGUAGCUGGUAUGCAGCAUUUUCGGCAAGGUGCUUUAUCGUGACUGCCUAAAACGGUCUGGAACGGGGGGAACAAAAAGAAACGAAACAGUGGGUUUGUACAGCUUUACAGCUACGCCACACAAAACAUGCCUCGGUACGCAAGCAGACAAACUGGCGUAUCAUCCGUCGCCACGCAAACCCUGACCCUGACGGCCAUCUUUAUGCUCAGCUAUGCAAACGGCUUCGCAACGUUACCGACGGAAUUGGAUCGACCCCAGCGCUGCCUGCUCGAGCGGACGUACAAAAUGGUCGGCUACAAUUGUGCGAAUUUAAAUCUGAAGGAAAUUCCACAAUCGCUCAAGUCCAGCCUGGAGAUAUUCGAUCUCAGCUUCAAUCGGAUCCGAGAUUUAAAUGAACAAUCUUUUGCCCGCUACGGUGCGACCAAGUAUCUGUAUCUGUUUGAGAACAUGAUCCAAAACAUUGAGGAAAAUACAUUCAGCUCGCUCACAAACCUAGAGGCCAUCGAUCUUUCGUAUAACGCGUUGAAAAGUAUACCGCUGGAAUUGUUCCAACUACCCGUCCUGCGUAACCUCUACGUCAGCCACAAUGCACUGUACGAGGUGGACACGGCAUUAGUAAACCUCGAAAAGCCCAUCAAAGCACCGCUACAGGUACUCGGUCUGGCCGACUGUCGAUUACAGCGAAUGCCGAACUUUGGUGUCCUUCCGGACCUGUGGCAACUGAACAUCUCGUCCAACCCGAUGAAAGAGCUCACGCUGGCCCAGUUUUCGCCCAUGUGCAACCUGAAAUCGGUCGAACUCAACAACACACAGAUUCCCAUCUGCGCUUGCCAGGUGCUAACGGCAGAGCUGGUUCUUCGGCGUACCAAAAUCAUGUAUCCGCCAUUAUACUGCAUUCCGCUUACAUCGUCAGAGCAAAACCUCUGCAACGCCGAAGCGGGACUAGAGAUCGAUGCGGGACAGGUAGCCGAUUACCAUCAGUGUAUGGAGAUCCGAAAUUCCCGGCAGCUUGACACGGAAGCUAAAUCGACAUGGAUGAAGAUAUCGGCAGCGGUGGCCGGCUGUAUCGUACUGUUCGCCAUCACACUCUUCUGUUUGCAUCGGCGCAACGCAAAAAAGCUGAAAGCGAAACGAAAUCCAAAGAAAGUACCAUUGAAAAACAUUAAUCGGGUGAUGGUGCCACAAACGGGUGCGCAGGAAGAAGCACCUACGGAACAUGCCAAGUGUGAUAAACUGUUGAGCGAGUGUGAUUAGUGGCGCGCCCUUUCUUCAAAAUCCAUUUCAUAAGACUAACAGCAAGCAACCGCAAAAAAUUAGUUGAUAAGAUACACUGUACAUAGUCGUUAUGUAUUAUUUUAGAAACAAAUUGUACACCAAUUUAACGAUACACGUUGCCAUGAAAUAACUUAAGAUUUUGCUUAGGUACCGUUAGUAGUAAGGCGUUAAAAAUCUACAUUUACACUGCACAUAGCCAAAACCGUAACACCGUAUAAUCGCGACCGGAGUAGAAUAAAACCAAA